AUGGACUUCAUCCUCGAAUCCCGGGUUCCCAAAGGCGGCGGCGGCAGGGGCGGCGGCGGCCGAAGCAGCUCCGGCAAAUCCUCCAAAUCAAAACCCAAGACGAGCAAGUCCAAGUCCAAGUCCAAGGGCGGUCACAUCGUCGCCGGCGGUGGUGGAGGCGGCGGCGGAGGAGGUGGAGGUGGCUUCGGCGCCCUCCCCCUCUGGGCCCGGAUCCUCAUCAUUGUCUUGAUCGUCUGGUUCGUCCUGUUCCUCGUAUCCUUAACAUAUUAUCUGGUCCAGGAACUCAAACGCAAGAAGGAAGGUCACAAGUUCCGCCUGGGCCACGUCCUCGGCCGCGCCCUCCUCGUGUCGACGGGCCUUUGGGUCCCCGUCUUUUUCUACAAGAAACUCGCCGCCUACAGGAAGAACAAGUCUGUCACCAGCGGCGGCGAAUCCGGCGUUCGCGGCGGAGUCUACGCCAAGAUCGAAGAAGGCAGGUCCGACGAAGGCCACAACCGGGACUCCUGGUUCGCCGGCGCUGCAUCGGGCAACCAAGGCAACGGCAACACCGCGGAAAGCAAAUUCGAGCCCAUGGGCUACGCGCCCUACCGCUCGCAGACGCCCGUCCCGCCGUACGCUCCCCCCGUGGUGUCCGGGCCCAGCCCGGCCCCCGCAGCGACGACGGGGGCGGCCGCGGAGUACUACUUGCCGCAGCCGCCUUCACAAACCGCGCCCACGCAGCAUCCGCCCCAAUACAGCUAA